GUUGGGGAUAUAGCCAUGGCCAAGCUGGUGGGCUGUGGGUUUAUAGCAUGUCAUCCUGCCCCAACCUCUGUGUUGCAAAGAAGAAUUUGCUUGAUGCCUGUAACUCCAUCCUCUCCUGCAGGUUCUGCUGAAACUCUGUACAACUCAGUCCAUAAGAAAAUCUUUACACUUCCAGAUGACUGCCUGAUCUAUCCUGCCCAUGACUAUACAGGCCAGACGGUGUCUACGGUGGAGGAAGAACGGACUCUGAAUCCUCGUUUGAUCUUGCCUAAGGAGGCUUUUGUUGAGCUUAUGAACAAUCUGAACCUACCCAAGCCCAAACAGAUUGGUGAGGCUGGCUUCUGUUCAGGGAGAAGAGCAGAAUGGGAGGCCUCUUCUGGACUACUAUCUGCUCAUAUUACAGCUCUUCUGGAAGAACCUC